AUGAAAAAUGCUGCAGUUGGUGUUAAAGAUAAUGCUGUUCUGAAAGCCAAAACCGUAGGUGUGUCAACGAGGUCACGCGCAGCACUAUGCGAUAUUAAGAAUAAGACUGCAAAUAUUCUGCCAAAAGAUGUAGGGAAGCAAAAACCCUUAAAGAAUGAGCAAUGUUUGGAACAAAAGAAAGAAGUACUCGAAAUGAGUAUCGACAGUCCAACUCCUGAUGUCACAACUCAAAAACCAACAGAUCAGCUGAAAGAAUUUCAAGCCAGUCGGAAACUCAUUCGCUUAGAAAGUUUAGCCUCUGAGAUAGCAGAGGAAUAUUUGGACGUUGACCGAAAUGACUACGAGGAUGCUGCUACAGUUUAUCCCUAUACAGAAAGAAUAUUCAAUUAUCUCCAAGAUAGAGAAUUGUUAAUACAACCGUUGAAAGCUGAUUACAUGGACUUAAACUGUGAAAUCACUCCACGGAUGAGAUAUAUCUUAGUUAACUGGCUUGUUCAAGUACACUACAGUUAUAAAUUGCAACCUGAGACCCUCUAUUUAUGUGUUGCUAUCUUGGACCGUUAUCUACUGGCUGAUAGAACUAUGCACAACCUAGCUAAAUAUUUCUUAGAACUAACGAUACAAGAGUAUGAUCUUGCACACUUACCGGGGAAUCUCCGCUCUGUGACUGCGUUAUGCUUGUCUCGAGCACUGUGUCUAGGCACUUCAGAGCUUGAAAAAGCUUGGUGUGAUAAACUCUCAUAUCUUAGUGGUUACAGAUUGAGUGAUAUCCGUGAUUAUCUACAAAUUCUCGCUCGCGCUGCUUAUCGUCAAAAUUCUCCUUCAAAGUAUAGGGCGAUAUUUAACAAGUAUCGUGUGGACGAUUUUUAUGGACGUGUAGCUUCCUUACCUCAACUUCGCUCAUAUCUAAUGGAAACGCUGGCAGAUCUCAAAUUCGAUAGUGAUGGGGAGGCAAAUUCAGCGUAG